CCAUCCUCCACCUAUCCCUCGCCUCCAAUUACAAGCUACGGAGUACUUCCAUACCUACCUACCUACCUACUUAUUAUCCAUCCCUUCCCAACCCAAUGGCCAACUAACUCCCACUACCAUCUUUACACGAAAACCACAACCAUGUCCUCCGAACUACGCCAACGGCACAAGCCAUCCUCCUCCAAACCCUCCCCCAAGACCUCUACAUCCACCCCCUCCAACAAUGCCCGCGGCAUCAGCAUCCUCGACAUCCUCCGUGUGCUGGCCACACUCAUAAUCGCCACCUUAGGUCUAUCCUACUACAUGACGGGCUCUGAAUCCGUCCUCUUCGGCUACAGACCCUGGUUCACACGCUUGCCCGUCGUCCUCCGCUACAUUCAAGGUCCCCUCCUUCUAACCCCCACCGAACUCUCCCUCUACAACGGCACGGACCCCACCCUCCCAAUCUACCUCUCCGUCAACGGCACCAUCUUCGACGUAAGCGCCAACCCCCUCGUCUACGGCGCCGGCGGCCACUACAACUUCUUCACGGGGCGGGAUGCAACCCGCGCAUUCGUGACGGGAUGUUUCAAGGAAGACUUGACGCCCGAUAUGCGUGGCGUCGAGGAGAUGUUUAUUCCGAUUGAUGAUCCCGAGGAAGAGAAGAUGUUGAGUAGUGGGGAGAGGAAGAAACGGAGAGAGCAGGAUUUGAGAAUCGCGAGACAGAGGAUUCAGACGCAGGUCGCGCAUUGGGAGGGGUUUUUUAGGGGCCAUAAGAAGUAUUUUGAGGUUGGGAAGGUGGUGGGGCUUGAGGAGGUAAUUGCUAAGGAGGAGAAGAGGGAGUUGUGUACGGCGGCGAAGCAGCAGAGGGGGAGGAGGGAGGGGGGUGGGAGUGUGAAGGGGAAGGAGUAG